GAAGCAUACAAGAUCUUCUUCUUCCAAUGCUACAGUUGGGAACAUUGAAAAUGAGUACAUCAGAAAUCUUCAGCAACAGAUUUAUUUCCUUGAAUUGGAAGCUAACUAUCUACGUGAGCAGGCACGAAAAGCUUCAGCAAUCCCUCCUCGAGUCACUGAGGAAGCAGACCGUAUGAUGCGGAAGCUGAGGGAUCUUCAGGCUCAGGUGGAUGAACGAUCUUCUGAUGUCGUCAGGAAAGAGUCGCAAAUGAACAUGUUGGAAGCUGAGAAAGAUGCCGCAGUCAAAAGGCUUAGAGAUGCUGAAGAGUCACAUGCAGCCGAAAAGCGACAGUUGGUAAAUGAGGUAGUGUCACUGAAAAAGAUGUCUGACCUUCAUGAGCGUGAUUGUGCCAGACGAGACCUACAGGUUCAUCAAUACAAGAAUGAAGCUGAUAAAGGACUCACUGCUUUACAAGAAGCAGAGAGAAAAGUACAGAACUAUAGAAUAGAGCUUGACCACAAGACCGAGGAUUUAAACAAUCUAAGAAUCGAGUUGGAAGAGAAGAGAGCAGAAUGCUUGAAGCUGAAGACACAACUACAAGAAAUGGAUGAUAAGUACUUCGACUCGCAAGCUAAAACAAAAGAGGAAUUAGGACGGGCACUCAGGGAAGAAAUACGCCAGCUUAGGUUGCAGUUGAAAGAGAAGGAAAUCAACGCCGAACAGGACAGAAGCUUGAGAAACAAGAUUCAAGAUGACUGCACGGCGUUGAUAAAAGAGAACGCCGCUAUAUCAGCCCAAGUUGUAGAACUAAGAAAACAGCUAGAUAUGGUAAGUUUAAUACAGCUCUUAAAAUUUUAGUAAGUUGUUAUUUCCAUGUU